UGAACACGUUGUAUAUUGUACAAAUUUUUUAUUUUUUUCUGUAAAUACUAUAAUUUAAUAUGUCGUUACGGAGAGCGUUAUUCGUUAUCAGAGAUAUAAAAGUAUUACAAAGAACGCUUAUUCAUAGAAGAUUUCAAUCCUCACGAAAGAGCAGCAAUCAGUACAUGUUAACAACAAAAUUAUGUACCAUAUCGUCAUUCACUGCUAUGGGUAUUUGGGGUCUUACAAAAAAGAGAGGUGACAACGAAGCAAUCAUAACUACAAAAGAAGUUCUAAUAGCAAAAGCCGAUGCAUUAUACGAGCAAGAACAAUACCAGGAAAUACAUGACCUUCUAAUAAAUUAUAAAGAUAGCGGUGAUAUUGAAAUUAUAUGGCGUUUGUGUAGAGCAAUGUAUAAAUUGUCUAAAAUUGUGAGUGAAGUGGAUGGAAAGAAAUUAAUUUUCGAAGCUUAUGAUUUAAUACUUGAAGCACUUGAGAUAAAAGAGGAUAAUUGGGCUGCACACAAAUGGGCAUCGAUUCUUCUUAAUUCUAAGACUCUUUAUGAAGGAGUAAAAGCACAAAUAAAAGAGUCAUAUAAUAUUAAGAAACAUAUGCUGAGAGCAAUGGAACUAAAUCCAAAAGAACCAACACUUAUGUACAUGCUUGGUACUUGGUGCUAUCAAGUUGCUGAUUUAACAUGGUAUCAAAGAAAAAUUGCAUCUGUAAUAUUUGGAGAACCGCCAUCUUCAUCAUUCGAGGAAGCUCUAAAAUAUUUUGAAACUGCAGAGGAAAUUGAUCCCAAUUUCUAUAGUCAAAAUUUAUUAAUGUUGGGAAAAACCUACUUAAAAUUAAAUCAAAAAGAGCUAGCUACGAAAUAUUUAAAAAUGGCCCUUGAUUAUCCUGCAAAGAACGAAGAUGAUCGAGAUGCUAAACAGGAAGCGCAGAAGUUGUUAAAGAAAUUUUAACAAACUGGACAGAAGUUAUAAUCUAUUAUAUGAUAAAUUGGAAUUGAAGGGAUAGAAGGGAUAAAGAAAAAUUUAGAAUCUAUCUUUUAAGUAGAAGUAUAAAAUUUAUUUACUAUAAUGUACAAUACAACUUAUGUGUGAUGAGCCUGUUAUACACAACAUCUAUUUACAGUUCCCAAGUAAACCUCUGAAUUGCUUCUGCUUGCAAGCUGCUGAGCAACUGGAGAUAUGGACGUGUUCGAGGGUUGCCUGGUCUUCGCCCCGUCCUUCCCGUCAGAUGGUAUAAAAGGUAGCGAUGCAGGCCAAAUUCCGAGAUGAAUUCACCACAUGGGCAAAUAAAGCUCACCAUAACGUAAUUCGGUGGUAAAUUGUCUCGAGAUUGUCUUCUGAUGUGCAAGCUAUUGUAACCAAGCGGGCACUCUCCCAUCGUUUUGUUAUAAGGCACGAUCUGGAAAAAUAAAAUUAAGAUAGGUAAAUAAACAAAUAAAAUAAAUAAUUUCAAACAAAUUGUUUGAAAAAUCAGUGGAAGAAACGAUUUGAAGGAAAUAAAAUACUUACUGCUCCAAGUGUGGUGAAGAUGUAUAAGGACGCUUUCAAUCGCGAAGCGCUUCCAAACGUGAAGAACUUUCGAACUCGAAGUACUUCCAAAUGCGAAGAAGAAUCUGGAAAAAUAAAAUUAAGAUAGAUAAAUAAAAAAUAAAUAAAUAAUAAAUAAGGAAAUAAAAUAAAUAAUUUCAAACAAAUUGUUUGAAAAAUCAGUGGAAGAAACGAUUUGAAGGAAAUAAAAUACUUACUGCUCCAAGUGUGGUGAAGAUGUAUAAGGACGCUUUCAAUCGCGAAGCGCUUCCAAACGUGAAGAACUUUCGAACUCGAAGUACUUCCAAAUGCGAAGAAGAAUCUGGAAAAAUAAAAUUAAGAUAGAUAAAUAAAAAAUAAAUAAAUAAUAAAUAAGGAAAUAAAAUAAAUAAUUUCAAACAAAUUGUUUGAAAAAUCAGUGGAAGAAACGAUUUGAAGGAAAUAAAAUACUUACUGCUCCAAGUGUGGUGAAGAUGUAUAAGGACGCUUUCAAUCGCGAAGCGCUUCCAAACACGAAGAACUUUCGAACGUCGAGAAUUUUCAAACGUCAAGAACUUCGAAGCGUCAAGAACUUUCAAACGUUCUGUUCGAUAGUCGAAUUGGGAAUGUGAUCUCCGAGCUAGUUGUCGAGCUUAUAUAGACGCCAUUUCGCUUCAUGUUUGCCACCAUUGCCUGGGUUAAGACUCUUAAGGGGGCCCCCUUAUUAACAGGCUGGUAAAGCCUAAGCAGUUGUUGAUUUGUUUGGUGUAUGAAACACGGUUUAAAGGACAGACGUAUUGUGCAGCAGGUAUGCGAAACCUUCUUAAUUACGGAAAGUCCGAGAAUGUUUCUGAGAAUAUACAAUGACAACAGAGUUGGAGGAAAGUGCGAUUCUAAUUUAUUAUUAGUCGUCGAGUAGGAAGCGAAUACAUUGCUUUUUUUUUUAAAUUUACGCUCUUUAAUAAAUAAUAAUUUAUGUGUUACCUCUAUAUGGGUUACAUGGUUAUCACCACUGGGCUAUUAGAGCAAUAAUCGUCUCGGGUGGUAGUUUAUGUUCUGUGUUUACAUUCAUAGAAGUUCGAUAAUAUUAUAAUUAUGAGUUAUUCGAAGUACAUAUACCGCUUAAAUAUAUUCGAAAGAAUGAUAUACUUUAUACAGAAUUAUAUAUUGAAACAUUGAACGAUACAUCUACCAUCGCUUUAUUAUUUCUUACGCAUUAAUUACACAGUCGUCGUAUUAAGUAUAUAGUAAGUACAGCAGAGAAAUAUUUGAUCGAUAUAGUUGUCGGUCGCUUGAGCUAUUCCGAUGAUUAUAUUGUAAAUAUCGUUGGCUUUGAAUAUAUUUUAUCAUCAAGGGACAGCUUCUUAUUGUUGGUAUUUGGCGGAGGGUAACGAUGUUGAGUGGUAAACUCCUUCUAGGUAGAUUCAGGGAGAGGACAAGAGGUAGCUAUAUAAUUCAAAAGCAUUAAUUGUUUUCCUUCUGCUUGAAAGAAUGAUUUAUUGUCAUUAGCCGAUUUUGUGAAAAUUUGUUGAAAAAUUUGCGGCUAAUUUUCCCUUCAAAGUGUUCCAAAAAAGUGAAAAAUUGAAAUUUCGAAAAACCCUCCCAGCGUUACCUGGGGAAAACUGUUACCUAACGAAUGAACUUUGAGUUUUUGAUUUCAGAUGAUGCAGCACCAAGUUAUGAGCAAUUCUACUUUUUUCCGAGACACGUCCGAAUAAUUAUUGCCAUUGCCGUAUUUUUUAAUAUUUCUCCGUGAAAAUUUUAUACAAUAUUCUUCGAAUGUCAUACUUUAAUGUACUAUUGGUUUUAAUAAAGAGUAUCUACAGCCAA